GUACACUGGCUGGUCACGAUUAUGUCUCUCAUGCCUUUUGGCAUUGGCAUGAUUGGCGUUUUUCUGCCCCUGACAACGUAUAUUGUGGAUAGCUAUCCCGUAUAUGCUGCAUCGGCCAUCGCUUCAAACACGUCGCUCAAGAGCCUGGCUGGCACGCUGCUCCCGCUAGCCGGCCCGCAAAUGUACGAGAGUCUAGGCCUGGGCUGGGGAAAUACCGUGCUUGGUCUUAUUUGUUUCAUCAUGUUACCGCUGACGUUUUACUUCUACAAGGUUGGAGGUCGGCUGCGAAAGGGAGAUAGAUUCAUCGUCUGA